GAAAUAAUAAUUAUUUAUUUAUUGAAAUUAUACUUAGUAGGUUACACAAUUUUGUAUAUUAUCAAAAUCUUUUCUUAUUUUUAUCGCUACAGCCGUAGCCAGAUAGUUAUAUAUAUUUUAUAUCUGUAGUCGACCCUGGGAAAAAGCGCUUGCUUUCGCGGCUUUUGUCUAGGUUGAGUUGGCGCAAUGGCGCGACAGACGCUCACCCUAUCGUCGCCUGCCGGUACUACCAGUAAAGCCACCAUAACAUUAUGGUGGUGGGGGAAGAAACUGGUGGUAAAAAAAUCCCAACUUUUCAUCGGGACGACUAUAGGUAUUAAAGAAAAGAGAUCAAGUUUCUUUUGCGACGCAAUUUAUUCAUUUAUUGAAUUAACAUUAAAAAGAUAUUAAACAGUUCAUUUAUUGAACUGAAAACGAUAUUUACUAAACUUUAAAUAAAAACAAUUGUUUGGUUACAAAAAAAAAAAAAAAAAAAAAAAAAUGAAUCAAUUAUAUCCAGAAGAUGCAGAAGUGAUAGAUAAAAAAUUUAUAAUAAACUUGAGAAGGACAAAUCAAUCGAGAGAUUCAGAUCGUGUUAACAUUAUAAACUCUCCUCCUUAUGGAGAAAUUUAUCUUUCUGCAUUAUUAAAUUCUCAAAAUAAAUUAAAUAUCAAAGUUACUAAAGUAGUUAAGAAGUCAGCAAAUGUAACUAUUGAAUUACAAGUGGAUGGAAUGGAUCGAAUAAUAAAAGACUUCAGUAACUGGACAGAAAAAUGUAGUUUUGAUAAUAUUUUAUGUCCAGUACGUUUUCAAGAAUGUUCACUACAUUCUACAUCAUCGUCCUUUCAUGAUAUUAGUAUUGAUUAUGAUUUAAAUAUUUCUUGUAAAAUAAUUUGGUAUGGUUUCGUUGAUGAAUUAAAUUCACCGAAUUUAUAUAAAAAUACUCAACAUUAUUUGAACAAUUCAAAAUUCAGUGAUAUUGUUAUCAAAGUUAAAGAUGAAGAAUUUAAAGCACACAAAAUUAUUUUAGCAUCUCAAAGUCCUGUGUUUAAAAAAAUCUUGACAACUGACAUGAAAGAAUCGAGAGAAAAUUGUAUUAAUCUUCCAAAUCUUGAUGCUGAAGUUGCUCAUGAAUUACUUUACUUUUUAUAUCAUGGUAAAGUCGUAAAAGCGCAUGAUGAUGAUGAUCUUGCUUUACAAUUAUUUGAAACCGCAGGAAUGUAUCAAAUAGAAAAACUUAAAGACAUUUGUGCUGUAAUAUUGAGUAAUAAGUUGACUGUGACCAAUGUAGUUAUGUUACUAGAAAUUGGUGGAAUCCACAAUUCAUUUAUUUUAAAAGAACGUGCGAUAUCAUUCAUUAUGAUCAAUCGCGAUGACAUUAUUCCGUUAGACGAUUUUAAAAGAUUAUGUAUUCGUAACUCAAAAUUGACAUGCAAAAUUAUUGAAAGAAUUGAAAAAUUUUAUAGAACAUAAUUUUAUAUUAUAAAAAUGUCAUUUUGUUAACUAAUAAAAAUAGUCACUGAUUGGCAUUGUCGAUUAUUUGUUAUCUUAUAUUAUGUGGUAUAUUGUACACCAAGGGAGAAAAGUAAGGCAUUCCUACUGUGUAAAAUUGCCUACUUGAGCCAAAGGCGAGAGUUUGCCACUGUUUGUGGGAAGAAUGGUACAUGCAAUAUUCUUUUUUCAUUUGUUUGAACGACUUUCUUUCCAAACAGGGCAGGAAUAAAACUUUUGGCUCAGAUAGACAAUUACACACGAGUCUUGAAAUGUCCUGCUUUCUUCCUUUGGAGUGUAAUAUAUUAUUUUAUUUUUGUUUGUAUAAUCAAAGACAUUGUUAGCUUAGUGAUCGAAAUAAUAAAAUUAAGACAAAGCGAUAAAUUUGUGCAUUGUACAUUUAUA